GGCGGCGGAAGCUGUAGCGGCGCGCAGUGGGGCGGCCCGCGACGAGGUGCUGCAACUUUGUCGCCUCGGACCGCACCCGCGGCAGUCGCAGCGGGGACCGAGAAGAGGGAGACAGCGGCAGCAGCAGGGGCGGCGGCUGUUCCCGCCCGCUCGGGCCGUCCGGUCCUCGGAGCCCAUCUUUCUUUCACCGUUCCGGGCCACCCCGGGUCCCCUUUCUCGCCCUAUGUCCCGCAAAGCGAGCGACAAUGUGGAGUACACGCUGCGGAGCCUGAGCAGCCUGAUGGGCGAGCGUCGUAGGAAGCAGCCGGAGCCGGACGCGGCGAGCGGGGCGGGGGAGAGGAGCCUCCUGGCGGCCGAGUCCACCGCGAGCCUGCAGAGCGCGGGCGGCGGGAGCGGCGGGGCCGGCGGCAGCGGCGGCAUCGGCGGCAGCGGCGGGGACCUAGAGCGCGCGGCGCGCAGGCAGUUCCAGCAGGACGAGACUCCGGCGUUCGUGUACGUGGCGGCCGCCUUCUCCGCCCUGGGCGGCUUCCUGUUCGGCUACGACACCGGCGUGGUGUCCGGGGCCAUGCUGCUGCUCAAGCGGCAGCUCAGCCUGGACGCGCUGUGGCAGGAGUUGCUGGUGUCCAGCACUGUGGGGGCGGCCGCCGUCGCGGCGCUGGCCGGCGGGGCCCUCAACGGGGUCUUUGGCCGCCGCGCCGCCAUCCUCCUGGCCAGUGCCCUGUUCACCGCCGGUUCGGCUGUGCUGGCCGCCGCCGCCAACAAGGAGACGCUGCUCGCCGGGCGGCUGGUGGUGGGAUUCGGCAUCGGUAUUGCUUCCAUGACUGUACCGGUGUACAUUGCAGAGGUUUCACCCCCCAAUCUAAGAGGCCAAUUAGUCACCAUCAAUACCCUUUUCAUCACAGGAGGACAGUUCUUCGCAAGUGUUGUUGAUGGAGCCUUCAGCUAUCUCCAGAAGGAUGGAUGGAGGUAUAUGUUGGGACUUGCAGCAAUUCCUGCAGUUAUACAGUUCUUUGGCUUUCUCUUUUUGCCUGAAAGUCCACGGUGGCUAAUUCAGAAAGGACAGACACAGAAGGCUCGUAGAAUAUUAUCUCAGAUGCGUGGUAAUCAGACAAUCGAUGAGGAAUAUGACAGCAUCAAAAACAAUAUUGAAGAAGAAGAGAAGGAGGUUGGCUCAGCUGGACCUGUGAUCUGCAGAAUGCUGAGCUAUCCCCCAACUCGCCGAGCUUUAAUUGUGGGUUGUGGCCUACAAAUGUUCCAACAGCUCUCAGGCAUUAACACCAUCAUGUACUACAGCGCCACCAUCCUACAGAUGUCUGGUGUGGAAGAUGACAGACUUGCAAUAUGGCUGGCCUCAGUUACAGCUUUCACCAAUUUCAUUUUCACACUCGUGGGAGUCUGGCUUGUUGAGAAAGUGGGUCGCAGGAAGCUUACCUUUGGUAGUUUAGCAGGUACUUUUGUAGCACUCAUUAUUCUUGCCUUGGGAUUUCUGCUCUCAGCCCAGAUUUCUCCUCGAGUCACUUUCAAACCUACGGUUCCAUCAGGUCAAAAUGCUUCUUGUACAAGAUACAGUUACUGUAAUGAAUGCAUGCUGGAUCCAGACUGCGGUUUCUGCUACAAGAUGAACAAAUCAGCUGUCAUUGACUCAUCCUGCAUUCCAGUUAACAAAGCAUCUACCAACCAGGCUGCCUGGGGCAGGUGUGAAAAUGAAACCAGGUUCAAAACAGAAGAAGUGUUUUGGGCUUAUAAUUUCUGCCCCACUCCCUACUCCUGGACCGCGCUUGUGGGGCUCAUUUUAUAUCUGGUUUUCUUUGCACCUGGAAUGGGACCAAUGCCUUGGACUGUGAAUUCUGAAAUAUACCCACUGUGGGCUAGGAGCACAGGCAAUGCAUGCUCAUCUGGAAUAAACUGGAUUUGUAAUGUUGUGGUUUCACUGACAUUUUUACACACCGCAGAGUAUCUUACAUACUAUGGAGCCUUUUUCCUCUAUGCUGGGUUUGCAGCUGUGGGACUUGUUUUUGUCUAUGGCUGUCUUCCUGAAACCAAAGGGAAAAAAUUAGAGGAAAUUGAAUCUCUCUUUGACAACAGGCUAUGUACAUGUGGCGCAUCUGAUUCGGAUGAGGGAAGAUACAUUGAAUACAUUCGGGUGAAGGGAAGUAACUACCAUCUUUCUGACAACGAUGCUUCUGAUGUGGAAUAACUUUCAGCUGAUGAUAGUUGCAUAUUUAAACAAAUGUAGGGGAGAAGAACAGCAAUUGGUGACCUCACAACCUGCUCUAACCUGGUUCUUUCCAGUCUCAUGAUGAAUGACUUCAUAUUCUAGAAUAUUUGAUAGAAGGAAAAGUCAAAGUACAAUCAUAAUAAUGAAAUGUAAAAAUACUUAUAGAGAUUUUAAUCUAAUAAUUCUUAAGCAAAUGUGUAUAAUUCCUUCCUGAGGUAGUCUAAACUGAAUAUUGUAGCCAGUGACUCCAGUGGUACCCUUUAUUCCUAAGACCAUAUAUAAUUAUUAGUGGUAAUAACAAGUCAGUGACAAUCUAGGCAGAUUACCUAUGUAUAUGUAUAACAAAUGUUUGGGAUGGUCCAAGGGUGUUUUAUGUCCAAAACAUGGCUGAUUGGCCCUAAAUUUUUCUCUCUUCUCACCUGUUAGAAAGUAAUUCCAUUUAAGCUUUCAUCAACAAAUUCAUACGUGUCCUACCAGGCCACAGCUGUCCUUGCCAUUGGGUUCUCUGUUUGAUUUUUCUCUCUCUCCAACUCAGAUACUGAGUUCUUUAGAGCCUGACUCCACACAGGGUCUUUGAACAUUAUCAGAAGCAGGUAUUCUAGGAAUUAUUUUCAUACUUUAUUGCAUCAUAUAUUUACACAGAUACACUAGCACGUUUUGAUAAGAAUAUUUUAUUGUCAGAGCAAGAAAGAUGAGAUUUUUAUAGAUUCCUCAUUCAUUAGUCACUUAGGAAUGCAAUUAUAACUGCAAAAUAGCACCAGAUCUAUAACUGUAUUUCAGGGUGUGUUUUUGUUCAUGCCAAACUCAACACAUCAGCUCCUCCUCUCCUGUGCCUUCAUUGGUGUUAUGUAGAUGGAUCUUGGCAGAUUAUUUUUUCUUUUGUUUAAUCAAACAGUAAUUUCUGCAACAAAAGAGAUGGAAGAAACCAGUGCCCGAAAUAGUUCUGUAGUUCUUGAUGUUUAGUUAAAACCAUUCCACUUAUUUUUCUUGGGUUUUAUUAGUUCUUCCUAAGAACCGUGUCACUUUUCUGGCCUUGACCUUCUUGUAACUCUAGAAAUAUAAACUAGCUUUUAUUUUACAUACCUUUUCUCAUUUUCUCUGACAUUUGCCAAAAGCCCAAGGUACAUAAAUUUGUUUCCCUUUUUUCUCAUGGUUGGUUUUUUACCUUGUCUAAAAAUUGAUUGUUCUAAUAUAGCACAUCCAUAAAAAAUGUUGACUUUUCCAACGAUGUCUUUCCGAAGUGUUGACUGAUUUCUGUAUACAUCAUGGAAUUCAUAAUUCUUGUCAUGGUGGUUACUAAAUUCACAAAAUCAUUUGCUAAUUCUCACAAAAAUGUGAAUGAAUGUUCUGUGGCAGAGAGGAAUACACCAGUUGAUGUGAUUUAAUAUGCUCUAAACAUGUAAGAAUAAGGUACUAUCAGUAUUUGAUAAGUGAAAAGUGCUUUAGCUGGUCCCCAAGAUGCUGUGUUCUUCUCAAGUCUCACUUGUUCCUAUCACAAUUUGAAGGCUGGGAAUUCAGUCAAGCAAGUUUCACCAGAGUACUUAACUAGUCACUUUCGUGCCCUAAAUAUCCUUCAACCAAAAAAAAAAAAAAAAUGUUUUCUCUGUUUGGUCACUCAUGUUUUAAUGUAGUAUUUUAGAGGUUUCCCUUGAGUUAGGUGCUUUGACAGUUGAUUUCUAAGAGGAUAUUAAUGUUUCUUGCCAGAAAAACAGAUAGAAUUUAACAGAGUAAAUUAUUUCUUAACCCAUGAGAAAUUUCUUACUCGUAACAUUUCAUACAGGUAAAGUGAAAAUGAGCUAUUAUGUGAUACAAUCAGAAUAUUGUGAAUAAAAAUAUACUUGAGAGCAGUAAAGUGCUCUAAAAAUUUAUUUUCCUGAUUUGUUCAAAUAAUUGCCUCAAUUCCUCUCUUUAUCCUAGCCUUAAUAUUCUUACCCUGAGCUGUGCUAUUACUGCACAUCAACUUUAUUAAAGGAGCAACUGGACUCACUGUUUCUUAAGGCAGAACGUGGCCUGCUUUCCCUGACAUAGGAAAUGAGGUUUUCAGGUUUCUAUUUAUCAAUGUGCAUAACAGGGAAAAUGAGCCUCAGUCCUCCUAGCUCCGCCCCACAUUCACAGUGCUGUUAAGAUUCUGCAUCUCUGCAGGACAUGACAGGCACAGCAUAAAAAUUAUAACUUUUAAAAACAAAACUUGAAAAGGAGCCUUAUAGAGCAUUAGGGUAUUUGCAGGUGGG